UGGUGCCUAAAGUAGUCAUAAGGAGACUUAGUAUAUCCAUUAACUCCACAAAUCUCACAGAGAUCCUCUAAUAGCAAAACUCCUUUCCUUAUAUGCUUCUCCUCUGAUCCUGUGGAGAUGAAAAUUGACAUCCAUAGUCAUAUUCUACCAAAAGAAUGGCCAGAUCUAAAACAGAGAUUCGGCUACGGAGGCUGGGUGCAGCUCCACCACCACAGCAAGGGAGAAGCAAAAAUGAUGAAAGAUGGGAAGGUCUUCAGAGUGGUCCAAGAGAACUGCUGGGAUCCAGAAGUGCGAAUUAGAGAAAUGGACCAAAAAGGAGUAACGGUGCAAGCUCUUUCCACAGUUCCCAUCAUGUUUAGCUACUGGGCCAAACCUCAGGACACUUUAGACUUGUGCCGGUUUUUAAAUGAUGACCUAGCUGCCACCAUUGCAAGACACCCCAGGAGGUUUGUGGGUCUGGGGACACUACCCAUGCAGGCCCCCGAGCUGGCCGUCAAGGAGAUGGAACGCUGUGUGAAGGAGCUGGGCUUCCCCGGGGUCCAGAUCGGCUCCCACAUCAAUGAGUGGGACUUGAAUGAGCAGGAGCUCUUCCCCAUCUACACAGCAGCUGAAAGGCUGAACUGCUCCUUGUUUGUGCAUCCCUGGGACAUGCAAAUGGAUGGACGGAUGGCCAAAUACUGGCUCCCUUGGCUUGUAGGAAUGCCUGCCGAGACUACCAUGGCUGUUUGCUCCAUGAUCAUGGGUGGAGUCUUUGAGAAGUUUCCUAAACUGAAAGUAUGUUUCGCCCAUGGAGGUGGUGCCUUCCCCUUCACAGUGGGGAGAAUCUCCCACGGAUUCAGCAUGCGCCCAGAUCUGUGUGCCCAGGAUAACCCAACUAACCCAAAGAAAUACCUUGGUUCCUUUUAUACGGACUCCUUGGUUCAUGAUCCUCGGUCUCUUAAGCUGUUAACAGAUGUCAUAGGCAAGGAUAAAGUAAUUUUGGGAACAGAUUACCCCUUUCCACUAGGUGAGCUGGAACCUGGGAAACUGAUAGAGUCUAUGGAAGAAUUUGAUGAAGAAACAAAGGAUAAACUCAAAGCUGGCAAUGCCUUGGCAUUCUUGGGUCUUGAGAGAAAACAAUUUGAAUGAUUGGAUUCACUAUCAAAGCAAACUUUCAAGAAGAUAUUUCAAAAAAAUAUGUGUCAUACAUACGUUACUAAAAUCCCAUUAAAACUACUUUACCCAAAAAUAGAAUAUCCCUAAAUAUCUUAAAUUAUUCAUAACAAAAAUUAUUCUCAAGUGUUUUCAUUCUAAAAAGCAGUACAUUAUUUCUUGUGCAAAUCAAAAAUUAUUUUCCCAGUGUCUCUCUAAUUUGUCUGGAAAAGACUAUUUUAAUGUCAUUAAUGAUUUAUUUAGAGUAAGAACAAUACCAGAUUCAUCUUUCAGGUCUCACAUCUGGUUCUCCAUUUUGAUCAAGGAUAUGUAAAUUGGGACAAAUAACCUGUUUUAUUCUUCAUUUUAAAAUGUUUAUUUUUAUUUAUUGUCAUCUACUUGAAAGGUAGAGUGACAGGAAGAGAGAGAGAUCUUCCUUCUUCUGAUUCACUCCAUUUUUUUGCUUUUGUUUUUUAAAUUUCUGUUUUAAACAUCAUCACUUAUAUUUAAACAUAAAUACAUAUUAUUAAAAGUGUAUUGAGGCUGGUGCCAUGGUGCAGUAGGUUAAUCCUAUGCCUGUGGCGCCAGCAUCCCAUAUGGGUGCCAGUUCUAGUCCCGGCUGCCCCUCUUCCAAUCCAGCUCUGCUGUGGCCUGGGAAAGCAGUAGAAGAUGGCCCAAGUGCUUGGGCCCCUGCACCCACAUGGUAGACAAAGAAGAAGCACCUGGCUCCUGGCUUCAGAUCAGCACAGCUCCAGCCAUUGCGGGCACUGGAGAGUGAACCAACAGAAGGAAGACCUUUCUCUCUGUCUCUCCCUCUCACUGUCUGUAACCUACCUCUCAAAUAAAUAAAUAAAAUAUUUUUUAAAAAAAGUGUAUAUGGGCUGGCACUGUGGCUUAACAGGUAAAGCUGCCACCUGCAGUAGUGGCAUCCCACAUGGGUGCUGGUUUGAGUCCCGUCUGCUCCACUUUCAAUCCAGCUCUCUGCUAUGGCCUGGGAAAGCAAAAGAAGAUGGCCCAAAUCCUUGGGCCCCUGCACCCACAUGGGAGACCAGUAAGAAGCUCCUGGAUCCUAGCUUCAUAUCAAUGCAACUCUGGCUAUCAUGGUCAUCUUGGGCGUGAACUAGCAGAUGGAAGACCUCUCUCUCUCUCUCUCUCUCUGCUUCUGCCUCUCUGUAAUUCUGUCUUUCAAAUACAUAAACAAAUCUUAAAAUAAAAUAAAAGUGUAUGA